AUGGCUCCCGUUACAGGAAUUGCCUGCUCGCACGCAGUGUCGCUACGUCUGGGCUCGUCCGCAGCCGCCUCCUCGUCGUCGUCUUUCUGCACAGGCGAGCCUCGUCAAACCGCUCGCAUCGCGUCACGUAGAAACCGAGGGAAUGGCGCCGCUAGGAAAGGUCGUCUGGUGGCCAUGGCUGGUAGACAAGAUGACUCAGGAAGCAAUAAGGAUGUGGCGGGUGCGGGGAUGACGUGGGUGAGCCCUGAUUGGCUGACGUCAUUGUUCGAGAAGCUGCGCGGCCCGGACGACUCGGGCAUUCCCGUGGCGGACGCGAAGCUGGACGACGUGAAGGACCUGCUGGGCGGCGCGCUCUUCCUGCCGCUCUUCAAGUGGAUGCUCGAGUCCGGCCCCGUCUAUCGUGAUAUGCCUCGAGUCCGGCCCCGUCUACCGGUGAGUCAUAUGCUCGAGUCCGGCCCCGUCUACCGGCUGGCGGCGGGGCCGCGCAACUUCGUGAUAAUCGGCGAGCCGGAGGCGGCGAAGCACGUGCUGCGGGGGUACGGGUCGAUAUACGCCAAGGGGCUCGUGGCGGAGGUGGCGGAGUUCCUCUUCGGCUCGGGCUUCGCCAUCGCCGAAGGCGACCUCUGGACCGCGCGGCGGCGCGCAGUGGGGCCGUCGCUGCACCGGCGGUAUCUGGAGACGAUGGUGGCGACGGUGUUCGCCAGCAGCACGCAGCACCUGGUCGACAAGCUGCGCGGCAGCGCGGCGCGCGGCGAGGAGGUGAACAUGGAGGCGAUGUUCUCUCAGCUGACGCUGGACGUGAUCGGACUGGCCGUGUUCAACUUCCAGUUCGACUCGCUCUCCACCGACUCCCCGCUCAUCCAGGCCGUCUACACCGCGCUCAAGGAAACCGAGUCGCGCUCCACCGACAUCCUCCCCUACUGGCAGGUGCGCGCGCGCAUUGCGGUACAGACAGGUGAGGCGGUUGGCGGUUGGUGCUGUGAACCCGAAGUGCCACUGCUGUGCGCGAUAGUGCCGCGGCAGCGCAAGGCGGCGGAGGCGGUGAGGGUGAUCCGCGAGACAGUGGAGGAGCUGGUGGCGCAGUGCAAGCGCAUGGUGGAGGCGGAGAACGAGCGGCGGGGGGACGACGAGGAGUACGUCAACGAGAGCGACCCCUCCAUCCUGCGCUUCCUCCUCGCCUCAAGGGAAGAGGUGUCGAGCGUGCAGCUACGGGACGACCUGCUGUCCAUGCUGGUGGCGGGCCAUGAGACCACGGGCUCCGUGCUCACCUGGACCAACAUCCCUCAUUUUCACACCCACCCUUUUCACGCGAUCUAUCUUUCUGCUUCACCCCGUGGCCACCCCUCCUCGCCUCGCCUCCCCUUCCCCUUCCAUCCGCUCUCUCUUCCCCCCCUCUCUCCGCUGCCCAUCCGCUGUCCCCCUCCCCGGCACUUCUCAUGGCAGCACCCAGAGAAGAUGGCCAAGGCACAGGAGGAGGCGGAGAGGGUUCUCGCUGGGAAGAGCCAUCCGAGCCUGGCGGACACGAGGGAGCUCAAGUACCUCACGCGCUGCAUCAACGAGUCCAUGCGCCUCUACCCCCACCCCCCGGUCAGUGCUAUCUAUGUGAUUGGGGCUUCUCGGUCUGUGCAUUGCGAGGAGGCACAACGCAAGCACCUCUACGCUGCACUGCACCACCCAACGGCUCCUUGCACCACUCUGCACUCCUUCACACCCGCCCUCCUGGUCACUGCAUACAAUAUUCUGAUCCGGAGGGCGGUGGUGGCUGAUGUGCUACCGGGGGGGUACAAGGUGCAGCCGGGGCAGGACAUGAUGAUCUCCGUCUACAACAUCCACCACUCGCCGCAGGUGCCUACGUGCACACAUGCCUCUCUCUCACUCCCUCUUCAUCCAACCCCUUUCAUCUCUGCACCCUGGCCUCAUUCCCUUCACCUGCAAUCGCAUUCCCUGAUCCCAUUUGAGGUGUGGGAGCGCGCGGAUGAGUUCAUGCCGGAGCGGUUUGACCUCGAUGCGCCCGUGCCCAACGAGGUCAACACCGACUACAGGUACAUUCCGUUCAGCGGCGGCCCGCGCAAGUGCAUAGGGGACCAGUUUGCGAUGCUGGAGGCCAUCUGUGCACUGUCGGUGCUCGUCCGCGAGUUUGACUUCGCGCUCGUGCCCAACCAGGACAUCAGCAUGACCACCGGCGCCACCAUCCAUACCAAGAACAAUCUGUUCGUAACGCGAGCCCCCCUCGUCAUGGCGGGUGAACGAGAGGGCGUGCCGUCGGAUUUGGAGCAGCGGCUGCAGCGCGCGUGGAUGCACGUGCAGCUCAAGACGUGCCGCAUCGUGCAAGAUCAUCCGUGCGGCGGCCACCAAGGAGCGCACACGCACUCGCACGGCGGCAACACGCGCGGCGGCGGUCAGCAGCAGCCGUCGCUACCGCCGCCGCAACGCACGGCGCGGGAUCUGACGGCGACGCUGCAGCAGCUGUGGGGCAACACGCAGGAGCCGCUCGUUCCGCCCUCCGACCCCCGCCAACCCGCCCCGCAGCCGCGCCCUCCGCCGCAGCCGAUUUCUUAUCCCUGCUCCCUUCCGCCCGCCACCUCUGGCGCCUCGUCGCAGGGCAAUCGCACAACGUCGCCUGGGCCGUCCGCUAGCUCGUCCUCGUCGCACUCCAAUGGCCUUACGCCACUUCAGCAACCGCAGGCGGCGGCCGUGCCGCUAAACUCCGCGGGCCAGCCCUGCCAGCAGCUCUCCCCCUCCCCCUCCACCUCCGGCGGCCAGCCCAGCCCCGGCGGCUCCCCCGCACCGUGCCCCUUCGUGCCGGGGCAGGCGGGCGGCGGCGGCGUGUGGCCGCGGCACGGGCCGAACUCGGUGGCGGAGCAGUUGCGCGAGCUGAGCGCGGCGGAGUGGAUGGCGCGCGUGCAGCAGGUGGAGCCGGUGGCGCUGGGCGCGGAGUACAUGGAGGCGGACUUCUUCCGCGGACUGGACGAGCUCACCUUCGCCUUCGACGAGAUGGAGUCGCUGCUCCCCCACGAUCUCAACCCCGCCUUCCUCUCCGCUCCUCCGGGCGCCUUUCACGGCGCAUCAGGGGACGCAGGCAUGGGCAUGGGCGCGGGCAUGGGCGAGGAGGAGCUGCUGGGGAUGGCGGUGGACCGAAUGGUGCCCGCCCCCCAAGGCAUGGCGCCCGCGCAUCCCCCCACCAGUUGCGCCAGGGAUGGCUGGCAGUGCGCGGGGCAGCAGGGCGGGGGAGUUGAGGGGACGGGGAGUGCGAGGUCGGGGGAGAGCCAGGGGCGCGCGGAUAGCCAAGGGCGCGCGGAGGAACUGAUGGCGCAGAUGCAGCGGGCUGCGCUCAACAGCCCGGGCGGCUCCCAGGAGGGGCGAACGGUAGAGGGUGAGAAGGGGGGAGCAGGAGAAGGUGAGGGGGGAGAAGGUACAGGUGCGGUGCACGUGUUGGUGGAGCGCCUGACAGCGGUGGCGUCGGUGUACGGGGACGCCACACAGCGUGUGUCCGCCUACUUCCUCGAGGGGCUGCUCGCCCGCGCCUCCGGCACGGCGCCCACGGGCGCCGGCUGCCCCGGCAGUGACGGCGCGGGGGCAGCAGGCUCGCUGGGCAUCUACCGCUCCAUUGACUGCGAUGCCCCGCUGCUGCGCGCCUUUGAGGUGCUGGUGAGUGCGUCACCGUACCUGACGUUUGGGCACGUGGCAUGCAACAGCGCCAUACUGGAGGCGAUACAGGGAGCGCGCAAGGUGCACAUAGUGGACUUCGGGCUGGGUCACGCCGUGCAGUGGCCGCCACUCAUCCAGGCACUGGCAGUGCUGCCGGGGGGCCCACCGCACCUGCGCAUAACGGGCAUCGACCGCCCCUUUGUGGCCGGCAUCCACAAGGGCUACUGUCUCCGCCAGGCCGGCCAGCGCCUAAGGAAAGUGGCGCAGAGCUGGGGGGUGCCAUUCACGUUUAACUUCAUCCCCAUAAACCUGCCGGACCUGCAGCCAUCCAUGGUGCGCUGCGAGGCGGACGAGGUGCUCGUGGUGAACUGUGCGCUGCGCCUGCACAACCUCAUGGACGAGUCCGUCACGCCCUCCAACCCGCGCGCCGCCGUGCUGCGCACCAUGCGCGCGCUGGCGCCCGCGGUGACGACGCUGGUGGAGCAGAACACAAACCACAACUCGCCCUUCUUCCUCAGCCGCUUCCUCGAGGCGCUGCACUACUACGCAUCCAUCUUCGACGCCCUCGACGCGUCCGUGCCCGCGGACUCGACGGAGCGGCGGCUGUUUGAGCAGCGCGUGCUGGGGCGCGCCAUCGUGAACGUGGUGGCGUGUGAGGGGCAGGACCGCACAGAGCGCCAGGAGCCGCUGGGGCAGUGGGAGCGCCGCGUGCACCGCGCCGGGUUCGUGGGGUACCCGCUCAGCCGUGAGGUGGUGGCCACCGCCACCGCCCUGCUCUCCACGUGCGUGUGCUGGGCUUGGCUGAUCCAUGCGUGUCCGCUUGUGAUGCCACUGUUCUGUCCUGUAGUGCUCUCUCUUCUUCCUCUGCUGAGCUGCUGCCUUCCGCUCCCCCAUGGCAGGUACAAGGGCCCGUACUCGCUGUCGUCAGAACAACCCAACAGCCUCACUCUCAACUGGAAGGACCAACCACUGCUUGCCAUGUCAGCGUGGCGGCCCAAUAGCUAA